UCACUAAUGUACAAUUUGUGAUAAAAAGCUUAGAUUAAAUAAUUUUGGAACCAGAACAGGUUUACUACAUUGAUGUUUUAUUACUUUUGUAAAACGUUUACUCUUUAGGAGAGGAUAUGCAGAAACUGGUGACAUCUCUAAGCCAAAAAAUUGAUAAGCUUGAACACGCACAGGGACAGAUUCAGACAGAAGUUCUCCAAAAUUUGACGAACAAAUUAAAUGAAUCAAACGUGUCGGUCGGAUUUGCUGUAGAUAACCCAGAUACUUCCUCCGGUUCUCCCCUUACGUUCAAAGACGUAAUAUACAAUACAGGCGACGACUAUAAUGUGUCCUCAGGUGUGUUCACUUGUAGACAUCCAGGACUCUACUUCUUCACAACAACUCUUAUCAGAAAAUCGGGUGCUGAUAACUUCGUAUGUGGUUUUUAUGUCAACGGCAUUCGCAAGUUAAUAGUGAACAGUGAUACUGGUGCCAAUGAUGGAUAUCAGUCAGGAUCAGCAUCACUUGUUUAUCGUUUAAAAGCAGGAGAUAUUGUUAUGCUAUCGGAAUGCCUUGGACAAGACCAAAUGACAUUUUUUUCUACUUUCACUGGAUUUCGUGUUUCAUAUUAAUUGACCAGUCGCAGUCAGUUAAUAACAUAAAAGUAAAAGAUGUAUAACUUACAUUUUUUUCAAAAGGCGUUUAAAACUGUAUAUUAUUAAACUUUAUGAUAUUCUAUACAUAAGUACUAAAAAAAAAAGAAAAAGAAAAAGAAAAAAAAGUUUACCAUCUUGUUAACAACUUUUGUAUCGGUUUUAUACAACAACAACAACAACAACAACAACAACAACAACAACAACAACAACAACAACAACAACAACAACAACAACAACAACAAUAAUUUUGUUUUUAUUUUCUGUAGAAAAGUUUCACUUAUUUCAUAUUUUCCAUAUUUGAAAAGUGAUUAUACAGAACUAUACAUGUAAUUUUUAAAAACUUGAAAUGAAUUAGAUAAGUAAAAUCUAUAUGAAAAUAUAUUUUUUUGUUUAUUGAGACAGGUACCUUUCAUUUUACAUCAAAUAAGAAGAGGAUGGAGUGAAAAAUUCCCGUUAGAUUUUGUACAAUGCAAUCGGGCAUCAAAAUGUGUUUAAUAAUAAUUAUCUAGCAACUAUUAUUAAUUUGUUUUGCUAUCAAAUUUCACACAUUUCACAGUUAAUAGUAUACAUUUGUUAUUAUAUGCCCUAUCUAUUCAGAUUUACGAAAAAAAAUUAUAGCAAAAUAUUAUUAUAUCAAACCAAGUGUAUAUAAGUUUUUAGAAUUGUUACAAACAGAAAAUAAGACUGCUCUUUAUAAAUAAGGGUUAUACUGUAAAAACGCAAUGUCUAUAAGAAAUUCGAUUAUUAAUAUUACGGAUUAGUGUAAAAUUGUCUUGAAAUAUUGAACGUGCGAUUUAUUAUAUGCCUGUUAGUGUUUAUAUGGUUGCUUUGGUCAACCAGACUGUGUUAGUUUGUAUAUAUGUAUGUUUAUAGUUUGAUGUUGUAAAUAAGAUGUUAUUUAUUAUAAGCCUGAUAGUGUUUGAUAUGGAUGUUUCUGGUCAACCGUACAGUUCUAAUUUAAUAGAUGAUUAGUUAUAUUUAGUUAUGAAAAUAUAUUAUAAUUAAGCCAAACAUUGUUGAAAAGAUAGCAAACUUUAUAUGGAUGUUUCUGGUCAACUGUACAGUUCUAAUUAAAUAGAUUAUUAGUUAUAUUUAGUUA